AUGAAGCCCGCCGAUGACGGACCCGGCUUGUCGUCCCGGUCGCCUCCCGCCGAUGUCGCUCGCGCGCGUCGCGAUCGACACGCUCUCGCGGGGGCCAAAGUGCUGUUGAUGCUGGUUGCCUUGCGUCUGGUCAACGCCGUGAGUGUGCGGACGUUUUUCCAGCCUGAUGAGUUCUUCCAGUCGCUGGAGCCGGCCUGGCAGCUGGUUUUUGGGGGGGGGAGUGGUGCCUGGCUGACGUGGGAAUGGAAACACCAGCUUCGUUCGUCGCUGCAUCCUCUGCUCUUCGCAGCCGUCUACUACCUCGCAGACGCUCUGGCGGCGCUGCUGCGUUGUGCACCGGCGGCGCGCGCGGAGCUGCUCGUCGUGGCCCCCAAGACCGCGCAGGCCGUGGUCGCCGCGCUGGGCGACUAUUAUACCUGGCAGCUGGCCCGGCGGGUGUACGGCGAGGGCCCCGAAGCAUGGGCCGCGCUGGCGGUGACUGUUGUCAGCCCCUGGCAGUGGUUCUGUGCGACCAGGACCUUCUCCAACUGCUUGGAAACGACCCUGACGAUCGCCGCGCUGACGUUUUGGCCGGAGUCGCUUGAACCCGGUUCUCUACAGACGGGCCGUCUGCGCAGCUGCUUCGUCCUGGCCGCCGUGGCCUGCGUGCUGCGCCCGACAAACGCCCUCGUCUGGCUUGCUCUCGCCGGAUUUGCCCUCUAUCGCAGCCGCUGGUCGGCACGUAGGGCGCUGCUGCGGGAAGCGCUGGUCUGCGGCGGGCCCGUCCUGGCCGUCUCCGCCGUGGCAGACCGUCUGUUCUACGCUCGCUGGACGUUUCCCCCCCUACGCUUCCUCUACUUCAACCUCGCCCAGUCGUUGGCUGUCUUCUACGGCCGCAACGACUGGCACUACUACCUCUCCCAGGGUCUGCCACUGCUGCUCACCACCGCCCUCCCAUUCACCCUGGUUGGUCUCUACCAGGCUUUACCAACCUCCUCCUCCUCCUCCUCCUCCUCCUCCUCCUCCCACCAGCGGCAAUCUCCCCUCCGCACCGACCUAGCCUCAACCUGUCUGUUCAUGCCGGCCGUGCUGUCUCUCAUCUCGCACAAAGAAGUCCGUUUCAUCUAUCCGCUCCUCCCGGUAUUCCACGUCUUCUCUGCACCCCCGUUGGUCUCCUUCUUCGCACCGGCCCUCACCCGCUCCACCAGCGUCUACAUGGCUCGCCGGCUCCUCCUCCUCCUCUUCUUAUUACUAAUCAACCUCGUGAUCGCCCUGUACACCACCCUCUUCCACGCCUCAGGCGUGAUCGGCGUGCUCGAUUACCUGCGUAACCAGCACUCCCUACACUCUAGUACUCCUACCUUUGCUCUCGGCAAGACUACCACUACUCCUCCCGGAAUAACAGCCGGCUUCCUCAUGCCAUGCCAUAGCACCCCCUGGCGAUCACACAUGGUCUACCCACACCUCCACGCCUGGGCAUUAUCCUGCGAACCACCCAUCGACAUGACCCAAGCCGAAAAGGCAGCGUAUCAAGAUGAAGCAGACCGCUUCUACGCUUCCCCCGCUCACUUCCUCAACACGGAAAUGAACCUCCCUCUUCGCCAUAUCCCCCGUAGACCAUCCUACAUCCAACCCGCGCUCAAAAGUCCAGAUGCGAAUCCCAAUGCUCACAUUUGGCCCGAUUAUCUUGUUUUCUUUGCCCAGCUCGAACCAACCAUGCAGAGUGUGCUCCGUCGGUCGGCUUAUGGCGAGUGCUACCGUACUUUCAACUCGCAUUGGCAUGAUGAUUCGCGCCGGACCGGUGACGUCGUCGUUUGGUGUCUGGAUUCUACCGAGCAGGGGAGGUGGGCCAUUGAAAAGGGCCGGAUCAAGAAGAAGAAGAAGAAGACUUCUCGUUCCUGGUGGUCACAGUCGAAGAAAUCCUGGUCUUACUGA